UUAUAUUGUUGCACGCGCAUUAACCGUUGGAUAUUUUCUGUUGGGGUAAAUUGCAGGAAUGAAACAUUAAACGGGAUUAAUGGGGGUCUGUGGCUAAUUAUUAGUUAAUGUAGCGCCUGUAUUGAAGAAGGAGGAACAUGGUUGACUGGAGUCCGAUAGCGAAGGUGUACGACCCGCUGAAAGCUGGCAGCAUCGACGGCACGGACGUGGAGCCCCAUGACCGGGCGGUAUGGAGGGCUAUGGGUGCGCGCUACAAGCCCAACAAAGGCGUCGUGGGAGACCCGCUGCUCACCCUGUUUGUGUCCCGUCUGAACCCCCAGACUACAGAGGACAAACUGCACCAAGUGUUCUCCAAGUACGGAGACAUUCAGCGGCUCCGGCUGGUCCGGGACAUCGUCACGGGCUUCUCCAAAGGAUACGCCUUCAUUGAAUACAAGGAGGAGCGGUCGGUUGUCCGGGCCCGCCGGGACGCCAACAAGCUGGUGGUGGACCAGCACGAGUUGUUUGUGGAUUUUGAGCAAGAGAGGACCCUCAAAGGGUGGGUCCCCCGGCGGCUUGGUGGCGGGCAGGGGGGGAAGAAAGAGUCCGGACAGCUGCGGUUUGGUGGCAGAGACAGACCUUUCCGUAAACCCAUUAACCUCGCGGUCGGUCCGGUGCAUGAACGGGGAGGCGGUGGUGGAGGGAGGGAGUGGGAUAGACAAGGGGUGAGGGACAGGGAGGACCGGGACCGACACAGAGAGGCCGAGUGGGGCAGCAGCAGAGGGAGGAGAGAUGACUGGGACAGAGGCAGGGAGAGGGAUGACCGCAGACACGGAGACAGGAGCAGGCACCGGGACAGAAGAUGAAGCCCAUAUCUUUAACACCGGAGAUAAUCUCACCCCUUUUAAAGGUGAUCUGUGAUCUGUCUGUGACGGAUGAUUGAUCCACAGUCCAGCUGCCUGCCUCCAGUGGAGGAAGUUUAUGCCAAUUGUGGAGUGAAGAGGAGUGUCAGCUCACUUCAGCCAAAUUUGCACACAGGAGACUGGACUGACAGACUAAACAUUUCAGUCACAGAGCACAUUCUUAUGUUAUCAUUAAUUCGGGUUGGGUGUGGAAUCAGGGCUGCAACUAGUAUUGUUUUCAUUACCAGUUAAUCCUGAUUUUGUGUAGGAAAUGUCAGAAAAACGUGAACAAUGUACAUCCCAGUUUCUCGAAGUCCAAGUUGAUCAGUUAUUUUUCUGAUCAUUGCAGCUCUGUGUGGACUGACAAGUUUUCUGGUUGACACUCAUCCAGUUGCACUGUAUGGUAAUGGGAUGUCGAUCUGGAGCUGCCUUUUUCAGCUCUUGAGUAUUUCUCAGGGAAAUCUGACUGACAUGAAAACAUGGCUUUUGUAGUGUAAAUUCAGCGACAACAACAGUGUAACAAUUCACCAAAUUUUUUAAAAAAUGCACCGUAAGUAGAAAUGAUUGACUUCUCAAAAAAAAAUUUUUUACAGUGUGUGUUUUCCAACCAAGUGAAGCCUUAUAAACUUUACAAAACACAAGCUUGAAAAGCAGAAACUGCAGCUGAAUACACAAAAUGUCAUUAUUUUUACUACCAUCCACAGAGUACACAAAGUAGAUCAGAUUGUAUCUGUUGCACAUUGUCUCUUUUCAUAAGUACAACAAUUCACUUUCUGUUUUGAAAUCUUAAGUAUCACAGUGUUGAAACACUGUAAGAUUUCUUAAAACAGGAAGUUUACCAAUGUAGCCUCUCUGUGUCAGUGGUUCUCAAGUGGUGUGCCGUGAGAUUUUCUGACAGCCACACAUAAUUACUGCAAUAUUCAACUGUGCCUCUACAAAGAGUUAUGAAUUAUUUUUUUAAUCAGUAUGUUGUGUGCACCCAUUUCCAAAUAAAGAGACGAACUCUACCCAAAAAAUGUGAUUUUAAUUUAAUUUAAAAAACCUUCACAGGACCUUCUUGUUGCCGUUCAUGCGAGGGAAUUGUAAGUGUGUGACACAUCACUUUAUCCUACAUUAUUUCCCUUUUAAAUGGAUGUGUUAAUGGUUGUCAGCUGUUAUUUGAUAUAAGUAAAUAAAAACAAACAUUCAUGUCAUGAUAAGAGUGAUGACAUAGGUUAUAGAGUCUAUUGUGCCUUGAGAUUUUGGUACCCUUUGGAGUGCCUUGGGCACAAACAGUUUGAAAACCACUGCUCUAUGUCAUACAUGCUUUACUGAUGAAGAUUUUUAAAGUGUCAUACUGGGUAAAAGGCCACCGAUGAGGAUUUGUGCAACACUGACUCCAUACACAAGGGCAGAAAACCAAAUAAACCAAAAAUAAUUUUAACACAAUGGUGUCACUUUUCAUCUUCCUGGAAAAUUAAGAUUUUAUUCUGUUGUUACUAUGGGUUGAAUUUUGCUCGAUGAAAGAAGCAGUUAAAUGUAAUUUCUUGUGUUUUAUAUAUCGUUCUGCCACUAGUAGGUUUGCUUUGUAAUUGUGAUCCAACAUAUUAAGCUUCAGCCAAAUGUCAAAGGUCAACAAUCUGGAUUCUAAAAGUCUGUCAUUUGCCAUUAAAACAUGUUCAGAUAUUUCCUAAAGUGCUCAU